AUGGCCAUCACUUGCGACGACAUUAUCAAAUUCCUUUUUGCUAUUCUAUUGCCUCCACUCGGAGUGCUUUUGGAAACUGGAUGUGACUAUCAUCUUGCCAUCUGCAUCUUGCUAACAAUUCUCGGAUACAUUCCUGGUAUUAUCUAUGCAAUCUUUGUGAUUAUUGAUAAGUAA